UCUCAACGCGUGACGUGUGACGUUUCAGGAAGUGUGGGCUCGUCCGUUGAACAGGGAAACAGACUCUGGGCCACUUACUGAACUAACUACUGUAAUAAAGGGCCCAGGGCCCCUGCACAGGGAGACGCUGCUCUGUGUGAAGUCCCCUUCCAGUUACAAGAGCUGUUUACACUGUAACAGGAACCCGGGGAGUUUUCUCUCCUGACUUUACCUUCCAAAACAACGCCAGCUAGCAUCAACAGAAGUGACCCGCAGCUCCCGCCGACCCCCCCCCACUGUCUGUGGUAAGCGUCGUUGUCCUGUCGGUACAGUAGCGGACACAUUGAUGUCCUCACUGUCUGCACUGUUGUCCUCAGCUGUUACCGAAACGUUACACCCCCCCCCGUCGUUUCUGAUCCACCGCUCGGCUUGUGAUGGCGUGGCACUCAGCUGGCUCUUUGUCUGUGUGAGGACUAUGCACGAGAAACGCGGAUGUUACUCUUUUUACACGGUCAAAGUCGGUACCAGGAACCAGCGGGGGGUAAACAGCGCGUUGUUGUCUCCGUCGAGCCGGUGAAAGCCAGCUGACAUCACUCCACAACUUCUCCGACUGUCUGAGCAGCGGAAACAUGGACGAUGAGCUGUUGGAGCAGAUCGUGGCCGUGUUUAACAGCCUGGUGUCGUGGGUCGCUGCUGGUGCCAUGGUGUUUGGUGGGCUGGUCCCUUACAUCCCCCAGUACAGGGACAUCCGCCGGACCCAGAAUGCAGAGGGCUUCUCCACCUACGUGUGCCUGGUCCUCCUGGUGGCAAACAUCCUGCGGAUACUGUUCAGGUAACACUUCACCCCCUGGCUGUGCUCUCUGCUGUGUGAGCAAUCAUCAUGAUCGCCCACCGCCAUGCUCAUCAUGCUGACCUGCCCCAACGUCCGCAUGGCCACUGAACUCAACACCAAAAGACGCUCCUUCUAGGCGACAGACAGUAAGGACGAGGAGAUCAGAAUCCCUAAGAGGCUCUUUCUGGACUUUGACUGGAACCACUUCUGGUCGUGGAGUCACUUUGUUGACUACCUGCAGUGUGUGCUGGCCUUCACGCUGGUGGCAGCCUACAUCACCUACCUCUUCCUGGACUCUGCGGUGUUCGUGGAGUCCCUGGGCUUCCUGGCUGUCUUCACAGAAGCAAUGCUGGGCACGCCACAGCUCCACUGCAACUAUCAGAACAAGUCCACAGAGGGCAUGAGCAUCAAGAUGGUGCUGAUGUGGACCAGCGGGGACACCUUUAAAACGGGAUACUUCCUGCUCACCCAGGCUCCCGUGCAGUUCUGGACAUGUGGCCUGCUGCAGGUCUUCGUGGACUUCGCCAUCCUGUUCCAGGUUUACUACUACAGCCGCUACCCGCAGAAACCAGUGUCCCACACCGUCUCCCACACCACCAGUGCCAAAGCCCUCUGAAAGCCCCUGCAAGCUCUCCGAGGACACCAGUGAGGAAGCAUUUUCAGAGGCGCUGUGGACAUGUGUAAACAUACACGAGCACCAAAGCACCUUGAGAUGAUGCAGGCUGCUCGCCCUCACCUCCAAGUAUACAUUAAGACGCAUACACACCCAUAAAUAAGGCAUGGGUAUACUCAAACACUUGGUGUUGGUGUCUGCAGCGAUACCUGAAGGACACUUGUUGCAAACAAACCUUUUUGCUUUAUUUAUCCUACUGACUUCUCCUCAAUGCGACAGUAUGCUUGUGUCUUGGAAUGCAGACUUCUCAAAGAAUAUAUCCUUCAAUCAACCUGUGCAUGUGGAGAAUAUUAUGCACAUACAUGAAUAUAUACAAUCUAUAAACUGCAGAUGUAUGCACUGAAAUCUGUGCUCAAGGAAAUGUGGACCAGCUUUUCUCAUCCACAUUAGCUGAUGAUUGUUGCAUGGACCCUCUGCCUUAAAACACACAUUCAAACAUGGCUUACCAGCAAUAGAAAUGAAUGACUCAAUUAAAAAAAAAAAAUCUUAAUAUACAACGUUACUGAAUGUACAAAACGGCAUUUGUUACUUUGUAGUUUUUCCAACUCAGUGGAGAAAUGCUGGUCAGUCUACCACUUGUUGGACAGAUGGUUGCCAUGCGCUGUGGCACACAGGCUCAGUCUUGUGGGACAAUGGAGGAAUCAAACCUAGAGGCAAUCAAACGUUACCAAAAGAAGGAAAAAAUCCAAAUGCUUAAAGAUGCAGGGCAUUGGCUUUUAAGUGACAUUGAGGCUAACAGAGUGGUGUAAAAAUCAAGCUUUGUAAAAGACAUAAGGGCUGUCUGUUCCGCCUGAAGCCAGUAUUGCAGGAAGCAAAGGUGUUCAGUUAUUGGAAACAUCAUCAAACAUCAGUUUGUACAGGCUGCGCGGGUUGCCAAAUGCCCAAGAUUUUUGUACUGAAGCUGUUGAUGGCAUUUUGUUUAGAAUUUUGAUCAUUGCUAGCUAGCUACAGCUGUACAGUCUGUAUAUGAGUUGUUUGGGGCAAAUAAACACAGUCUGAUCAUUUUGAUUUAAUUUAACAUUCAUGCUGCAUUCAGGCCAGCAGAAUGGGAGAAACAGAAAAACCUACCAUUAUACGACUUAGGAGUGUUUAUGCAUUAGUAUAAGUUGCUGGUAGCCUUGUGGUCACACCAUUUAAAGGUCCGCUGUGUAACAUUAAGGAGGAUCUGUUGACAGAAAUGGAACAUAAUGUUUAUAGGUAUGUUUUCAUUAGUGUAUAAUCACUUGAAAAUAAGAAUUUUGUUACCUUAGUAUGAGAUGUUUUUAUCUACAG